UCGACCGUCACCGAGAUCCAUGAAACGAAAAUGGCGUCGCAGUCGAAACUCGAAAUAACAACACUACUCUCCGGCGAUUCUUCCGUAGCGUGAAGCAGCGUGAAGACGUACUGAUACACAAUAGUUGAUACUUAUUGUGUUGCAAAUACACCGAUUGCAAAAUGCCUGCGCAAGAAGUGGCGGUGCCGCAGCCGCCGGCCACCGAGGGCGAGGAGAACAACGUUCCCUCGUCGCAGCCGAUCGUGGGCAUCAUUUAUCCGCCGCCUGAGGUUAGGAAUAUCGUUGACAAGACCGCCAGCUUCGUGGCCAGGAACGGGCCGGAAUUCGAGUCCAGGAUCAGGCAGAACGAACUGGGCAAUCCAAAGUUCAAUUUCUUGAACUUCGGCGAUCCAUAUCACGCUUACUAUCAGCACAAGGUAAAGGAAUUCAAGGAGGGGAAAGGCCAGGAGCCCACGGUAGGCUCGGCCCCCGGGAAGACUGUCAAUCUCACUGCGCACCAAAAGCAGCAGGAAAUACUCAAGCAAGUCGAGCAACCGUUUGUACCCAAGGAUCCGCCGACCGAGUUUGAAUUUAUCGCGGAUCCUCCGUCUAUAUCCGCCUUAGAUCUAGACAUCGUGAAGCUGACCGCUCAAUUUGUCGCGCGUAAUGGAAGACAGUUCUUGACCAACUUGAUGAAUCGCGAGCAAAGGAAUUUCCAGUUUGAUUUUCUACGCCCUCAGCAUUCCUUAUUUCAGUACUUCACUAAGCUCUUGGAGCAGUACACCAAGGUAUUGAUUCCACCGAAAGAUUUGUUGCCCCGUCUCAAGAAUGAAGCGUUCAAUAUGGAUAAGAUUUUGGAGCAAGUAAAAUACCGCGCCGAGUACUUGAAGUAUCAGGAGGCACAGAGGCGUAAGGAGGAGGAGGAAUUGGAAAGGGAGAGGGUCGCCUACGCGCAGAUUGACUGGCAUGACUUUGUCGUAGUUGAGACUGUGGACUAUCAACAAUUUGAAGUCGGUAAUUUCCCAGCGCCGACUACGCCCGACGAGGUUGGCGCACGCGUCCUCAUGCAGGAACGUAUAGAGGAUGGUGAAGACGUGGAGAUGCAAAUCGACAGUGACGCGGAGGAUGAGGCGCAAACUCGUGCAGACGGCGAGAAAGGUGAUCGUGCGAAAGAUAAUAAUCAAGUGCAAGAUAUGGAGGAAGAUUCUAGCGAUGAGGAUGAUGUGUCUCCACCGGGUGACACUCACAGAUCUAAAGAGCCCAAGCUGCGGGAAACGAACAUGCAACCGCCGCCGUUGCCGCCUACACCAGGAAACGUGGUAGUCAAGAAAGGAUAUGACCCGAAGCAACAUGCGCCUAAAACUACUCGCCCUGCGGCUCCGGAUGAAUACCUGAUUUCGCCGAUUACUGGCGAACGUAUUCCCGCCAGUAAGGUGCAAGAACACAUGCGUAUCGGAUUGUUGGAUCCACGCUGGGUCGAGCAGAGAGACAAGCAUCUAGACAAACUGGCGCAGGAGACUGUAUUCGCGCCGGGCACGGCGAUCGAGGCAAGUCUCAAGCAACUCGCUGAAAGACGUACUGAUAUAUUCGGCGUGGGCGACGAAGAGACAGCGAUUGGCAAAAAGAUUGGUGAAGAGGACAAGAAAAAAGAUGACAAAGUCACAUGGGACGGUCACACCUCCAGUGUGGAAGCAGCGACGAGAGCAGCCCGAGCUAAUAUUACGCUGGAAGAACAGAUUCAUCAGAUACACAAGGUCAAGGGUCUUUUGCCUGAUGAGGAGAAGGAGAAGAUCGGCCCGAAACCAGUGAAUCGUGCGAGCGAACUUUCUCACAUGGCUGCUGUCGCCUCGAAGCCGCAAGCUACAUUGAAAGCACCUCCAAAACCGCCUGCACCGAAACCUAUACAAGUACCUACUCAACCUCCUCCACCACCAACCAUGAGUAUGCCUACUAUGGGUAUACCUCAACCGAUGAUGCCGCAGCCACCGAUGAUGAUGAUGGCACCUAUGCCACCUAUGGCACCUCGACCACCGCCUCUGAUGACUCCGGCGAUGUCACCGUUCAUGCCAACGCCACCGCCAAUUCAGCCGCCGAUGACGUCCGGUAUCGGGAUGAAGCAUCCUGCUAGUAAGCCAUUGGAAGACGAACUGCAGGCUAAGAAACUGAGAACAGAGGACUCGUUAAUUCCGGAGCAACAAUUCCUUGCUAGAAAUAAGGGUCCCGUACAAGUUAACAUCGCUGUGCCUAUGAUGACGGAGAAAGCUGAAUGGAAAUUGAACGGACAGACAUUGAAUAUUACUUUACAAACAAGCGAUACUGUAGCAACUAUGAAAGCACUUAUCCACGAACAAACUGGCAUGCCACCUGGGAAACAAAAGUUACAGUAUGAGGGAAUGUUCUUCAAGGAUAGCAAUACUCUUGCAUAUUACAAUUUAACUUCAGGUAAUGUUAUUAACUUACUACCAAAGGAGAGAGGCGGUAGAAAGAAGUAAAUAAAAAUUACGAAUAAAAAUAUAAAUUAAAAAUAUAUUACUCUAAUUAUUUAUAAGUUAUGUCAAUACCUUAAUAGUUUUAUUGCUGUAAUUAUUUUAAAAUAACAUGAAAAUAUAUACUGCAUUUAUUCGUAU